UCCUUUGUCCCACUUGGUUAUUAACCCAUUAACCUUCCCGAAUCUUUCUUUCUCCUGUGACCUCGUGAAUUAACUUUCAACAACGUUGAAUACACACAAGCGCUUUAUGCGACUUUAUGCGAUCAUAAGUAAUUAACAUAAAACCUCAGCUUAAAAGAUUGGAGCUUUACAAUAUUUCCAUUACUUCAAGGUCACUUACUUAUUUGCUCUUAAAUCUACCUACACACGUUACAACCACCAGAUCGUUUCCGAUUUCUGCCUUCAUUCUACGAGGGUACUAAUACCUCAUAAUACUCAACUACGUACAUAUAAGUGUUUAGCUUAUUCAGUACCCAGAGUACCAAAACCCGUCUCAACCCUGAAAUCACCGGACUGUGGUAACAUGAGGGACGAGUAAACUGUCCACUGACUAAAUAUCACCACCUCCAUCAUUGUUAACCUAAGAAGAUGUCCGUGGCUUCUCGAGAUAGCGGCAAGACUGUCGGGAGCAGAGAAAAAGGAAUGCCUCAUCGGGAUGACUUGAAAAACUAUAAUUAUGCAGUUGCUGGACAUGCGGGAACUAUGUGUGAUGCGGAUGGCGAAUUAUUCAUCAAGCCAUGCACCCAAUCCGAGGUCGAAUUUUACGAAUCCGCGCAUGCGCUCCAUGUCGACUUUUCAGACCUUAUGCCCCUAUAUAUAGGUACUUUGUCUCUGAACGAGUCUACUGACCAGGCCUCGAUACAUGCGCAAAUACCCGGGCUUGUUGAGCAUGCAGAUAUUCCUGACUCUGUCAAAGAGGAAAUUCAGUCACAUCUUCAUAUUGAUGACCGGACACCCGUAGUCGAAGCGCCGGUAGAAAAGGAGAUCAUCUCUGACAAUGUCAAAUGGACCCCUAACAAAGCGAGAAAGAUUACGACGGACCGUGCGGUAGUGCUGGAAAAUGCUUCGUUUGGUUACAAGAAGCCAAACAUUAUGGACGCAAAACUAGGCAUCCGGCUAUGGGCUGAUGAUGCACCUCCAGAGAAGAAGGAACGCUUUAACAAGAUCAGCGAGAACACCACUCACAAAAAAUAUGGCUUUCGCGUCGCUGGAAUGAGAGUAUAUAAAGGAUCUUCCGAUGAAGCGGAGUUGGACGAAGAAGGGUUUCGAAUCUAUGACAAGGAUUGGGGAAGAUAUACCGUAAACGAUACCAACUUGGUUGAUUCGAUCAAAAAGUUUCUCUUCAACGAGGCAGCGGGCAUUGACAAAAACUUGGGAAAGACUAUUGCUGGGCUAUUCGUACAAGAUCUUCGAAGAGUGCAAGAAAUACUCGAGAAGGAAGAAAGCCGAAUGUAUUCUGCUAGCCUCCUUUUUGUCUUCGAGGGCGAUGGGGAAGCUCUCCGAGCGGCCAUGGAAGAAGCCAAAGCCGUCUCGGUACCGGAACCGGAACAGGAACAUAAAAGAGGCACCACACGUGCUCCCACCACUAACCUUAGGCUGGAUAGUGGUAUUGGCAUGAACGAAGAAGAUACUUGCGAGCCAACAAUAGCAGAAGUCUUUGACGAUCUGGAGGAGGAAGAUGAGGAGUCGGAUGAGGAGGAUUUAUCAAGCUUUCCUCGCCUCUACUCGUUAAAGCUGAUUGAUUUUGCACAUGCCAAAUGGACACCCGGCCAGGGACCGGACGAGAAUGUGCUCAAGGGCGUCAAGAGUCUAUUACAGAUAUUUGAAGAGAUAUCGGAGUAAUAUGCCAUGAUAAGAAAUGGGAUUUGCUUCUAGAAGGGCUGGCGUUGGGAACGUUGAGCAUGAGUCUUUGGAUGGCUCGAAAAAAAGAUGCAGCAUAUAAAUGAACCGUUAGAUGCAACGGGAUGGGCAGAAGGUUAUCCAACUGGCGUCUCGGAGGUUCCCUGGAGUUUUGCCUCGAGAUACCCAUUACACUUACUCUAGCCUUAGGCACUAUAGAAAACUACUCCUCACAAGUAUUUCUAUUUACGAUUGGAAUGAAAUCUAUAUCAAAAGCUAUAUGAUACUAGCCUAGGU